AUGGGCGCUCUUUUGGACACACCUCAGACUGAAAAAUACAAUGAAACAGGAAGCGGCAAUGGAUUGCGUUAUGGUAUUGGAAGCAUGCAAGGUUGGCGCAUAUCCAUGGAAGAUGCUCAUUGCGCUAUAACUCAGCUUCCAGGAAACCUAAAAGGAUGGUCCUUUUUUGCUGUUUUUGAUGGCCACGCAGGUGCUCUUGUUUCGGAACUGUGUGCCGCCGAGCUCCUCAAGGCGAAAUUCAAAAAAAUUGAUCCAGAUCUUGCUCCAAGUAUUCCAGAAAUUGAAAGGGGAAUUCGGGAGGGCUUUCUUUCGUUGGAUGAACAGUUAAGGCAACUUCCGCAGGUGGCUAGUGGCGAAGAUAAAUCUGGUUCCACAGCGGUUUGUGUACUAAUUACUCCCGAGCAUAUAUUUUUUGCAAAUUGUGGCGAUUCUAGGGCUCUUAUUGUUAGAGAUGGUCGAGUAGCCUUUGCGACUACAGAUCACAAGCCGGUUAAUCCAAAUGAAAAGCAGAGAAUACAGAAUGCAGGUGGUUCUGUGAUUGUUCAAAGAGUUAAUGGCUCAUUGGCGGUAUCUAGAUCACUUGGAGACUAUGCCUACAAAACUGUUGAAGGAAAGGGACCUACGGAGCAGAUGAUU